CUACUCAAAUAGUAGCAUAAAUCAAAUUAAUCAAUCAAAAAGUAGCCGAUUCAAGCAUUGACGGGCACACGUGCCAGUCCGUAGUCAUUGUAGGGAUUUUAAAAAGCACUAUGAAAUUUUAUUUGAAAGAAAAAUAUGACCAUUAAGCUUGCCAUAAUAUUCUUAUUAUUGAGUGUUUAUAUGCAUGCAGGAUUUUGGCUUUUAAAGUGAAUGAAUCUGUUGCUCGAAAACACUAGAACCUAGAGCUGCCAAUCUUUCUGUGAGAACUAGAAUUUGUCAAAAGUAAAGUUAUAGGUUAAGUUCAACAAUUUAUUUAUAAACAAAACAAAAUGUUUAGAAAAAUUAAAUUUUCCCAGUUAUCAAUAUAUACAAAUUAUUCCACAAGAGUAGAAAUCGAUUCCAGUUUACGUGAAGGCUUUAAUAGACAGGAAUACAAACCAAGAAAACAUCCUGGCAGGUCACAAGUUAAAGUUGCUAUAAUACCACCCGAUAUACAAAAGGCUAUAAAACUUAUUCUACAAGACUCCGGUGCUAAAUCGUAUCAACAAGAAAGUGUGAAGUUAAAUAACUACAUACAUUCGCGCUUACUCCCACCAGAAGAUGAUGAUAUCCGUAGAAAAGCCUCGAAGAUACACGAAACUGUUUCGAAAAGAGUUUUAUCGAAAAUGGACAAAGAACUUACACAAGAGGAGGUAGAAACUUGUAAUAAGAAAAUAGAUACAACAGUAUUUAACGUUCUAAAGAAAAACGUUUACCGAUGGGGCAAUAUAUCGUAUGAUAAAGCUACUUCUUUGCAAUACUUGAUGGCGAGAGCUCCUCCAGAAUAUGCUGCCCUAGUACGUAUACUUGACGAAAUCAAACGUAGAUUACCUGAUUAUACGCCUAGAAGCUUCUUUGACUUUGGUUCAGGAGUCGGUACGGGCACGUGGGCUGUGAAUACGUAUUGGAAAAAUGAUAUUUUUGACUAUUUCACAGUUGACACGUCCACCCAUAUGAAUGAUCUCGCCAGACUUAUUUUGUGUCAAGGAAGAGAUAACGUAGUAAUGCCCUUUAAAUCGUAUCACCAAAGACAAUUUCUCCCAGCGUCAGUUGAUUUGAAAUACAACAUUGUCCUUUCAGCAUUUUCAUUAUUCGAAAUGCCUAGUAUGCAAAGUCGUCUAGAAACAAUACAAAAACUAUGGAAUAAAACUGAAGACUUUUUAAUUAUUGUUGAACAUGGCUCAAAUGCUGGAUUUCGUGUUGUCAACGAAGCCAGAGAGUUCAUACUAAAUGGCUGCAAGGAAAAAGGCUAUGCAUUUGCUCCAUGUCCUAACAACAAUGUGUGUCCGAGAUAUUUGGAACUUGAGACACCUUGUAACUUCUUAAUUAAAUAUGAAACCCUAGGAUUUCCCUCAAAAGUAGAAAUAAUGGCUAAUUUAUUCUCGUAUAUCAUUUUAAGAAAAGGUGAUAGGCCGUCAGAUGACCCUCAAUGGCCGAGAAUCGUAAGGGCACCCAUAGUUAGGUCAGGGCAUACAAUUUGUAGGUUAUGUACGCAAAAUGGUGAGCUGAAGGAAAUUAUUUUUUCAAAGGGAAAAUAUGAUCAGUCUACGUAUAGGUGUGCCAGAUCUAGCAAUUGGGGCGAUACAUUGCCUGUUAAAUAAAAAUAUAUGAAAUCUA